AUGUCUGUUUCAACACUUUCGCUAUGCGUUAUUCUUGUGCUUUUUCCACUGGCAACUUUGCAACGAUGGGAAGAUAAUGCUCCCAUGUGUUCAACGGAUUUGAAUCUACGGUUGCAACCAAAACAAAGGGAUGGUUUAUUCAAAGCAGUCAGUGGAAAGUAUGCAUACAUGAAAUAUAAUUGCACACUCGAAGAGGCAGCUUACUUACUGUGGAAUUCUCGCUACAACGCAACGCCCGAGAAAUUCAAUACGAUCUUCGGAUUAUACCCGUUCUAUUACAAUUGGACGGAAACUAACAAAACAUCGGCUGAAUUCUUCAAGGAGGCAGCUGAUAAAUGGCGCAAUGAUACACUCAACGAUUGGUACGGUCACCGACAGAUGGGAUGCGAUUUCGAAAAGAAGAGCAGUGGAGACCUACACAACUACACAGUAUUUUGUUUCAUUAGUGGAACCCCUAUUGAAUACUCCUAUUAA